AUGAAUCGUCUGUUUGGUAAACAAAAAACCACACCAAAGCCGACAUUAGAGGACGCUGGGGCUAGACUCGCCACUCGUAAUGAAGCCGUAGAUGCCCGUAUUGCUAAAAUUGAUGCGGAACUCGUUAAAUUGAAGGAUUCCAUAAUGAAAACACGUGGAAUGACUCAACAGCGGUAUAAACAACGAGCCCUACAACUCCUACAACAGAAACGAAUGUAUCAAAAUCAACAGGAUGCAAUGAUGCAGCAACAGUUUAAUAUGGAUCAACUGCAGUUCACUACGGAAUCAGUGAAAGACACAAAGGUGCAGUUGGAUGCCAUGAAGGAAGCUAAUAAGGCCCUUAAGCAUCAAUUUAAAAAGUUAAAGAUAUCGGAUGUGGAUAAAUUACAGGAUGAGUUACGAGAUUUAUAUGAAGAUACUCAGGAGAUUCAAGAAAUAAUGGGUCGUGCCUAUGAUGUACCAGAAGAUAUUGACGAAGAUGAGAUGAUGGGAGAAUUGGAUGCAUUGGUGUUUGAUAUGGAGAAGGAAGGCGAUGCGAGUUAUCUCGCAGAUGCUCUCGCCACACCAGGCGCGAAGCUGCCAGAGUUGCCAGGGAAUGAAAAGAAACAAGAACAGGAAGGAACUACAGAUCCAUAUAGUCUGGAGGCCCAACUGGGGUUGUAA